AUGCAAUGGGAUGCUCCAGUUUGCGUCAAUUUUCAUGAGGCCAAAGCUUAUUGUGCUUGGCGUACAGAACGAGAGGAUAGUUUAAUACCUUAUCGAUUGUUAACCGAAAGUGAACAUCAUGUGUUACGUGAUGGAAAUGAGUAUUCAUGGAAUAAUGGUUUACGUAAUGGGGGUGAAGUAGGAGUUACUCAUUCUCCAGCAAAUAAAAAAGACUUCUACGACGUGUUUGGAAAUGUAUGGCAAUGGUGUGAAGAUUACUUUCAUGCCCUAGAAGGUAGUACACCACAUCCAUAUUACGAUGACUUUAGUGUAUCAUGCUAUGACAGACAGCAUCACAUAAUUCUUGGUGGUUCAUUCAUAAGUACUGGUGAUGAAGCAAGUGUUUGGGCAAGAUUCCAUUUCCGUCCGCAUUUUAUACAACAUGCUGGUUUCCGUAUUGUUCAUAGUGAAGAUGGUGAUCGUGCUUGUGAUGCCAGUCGUAUCGGUAGUUCCAACACCUAUGAAACACAAGAAAUGCUUGACAUGUAUCUAUUGAUGCAUUGGGGUGAAGAGCAUCAGCGCUUUGAUCCUUUAAUUUUCACGCACAUCACUUUUCCACGAGUAGCUGAACUACCAAUCGCUUGCGCUGAACUUGUGAAACGUUUUGCCAUCGGUAAAGAUCGUGUACUAGAUUUAGGAUGUGCUGUUGGUCGUACUGCCUUUGAGCUGGCAGUCACUUUUAAGGAAAUAGUCGGCAUCGAUUAUAGUCAGAAAUUUAUCGACGCUGCUCGACAUCUGCAACAACACGGUACAUUAGAAUAUACUCGAAAAGAUCAAAGAAUGCAGAAAACAAAAAUAACAGCCAUAGUUAAUCCUUCAAUCGCUUGUCAUCGGAUACGUUUUGAAGUAGGUGAUGCAUGUUCAUUGCCACUCGAUUUGAAAGAUUUUGAUGCAGUUGUGCUCGCCAAUGUACUUUGUCGUCUACCAAAGCCAUCGAUUUGUUUGAAGCGUAUGCAAGGACAUAACGGAUUGGUCAAGGCAGGAGGUAUUUUAGUAAUGACAACACCAUUUAGUUGGUUGCCACAGUACACACCCUCGGAUCAUUGGCUUAAUAGUGUAAAAGAUAUUGGUGAUAUCCUUACCGACUUCGAUCUAAUUCAUCAAGAGGAGAUACCAUUUAUGAUACGAGAACAUCGUCGCAAGUUCGAGUAUAUUAUUACAUUGGCCACUGUCUGGAAGCGACGAUUAUCAUCAAUUGAAACUUAA